AUGACAGAUUUCAUAAUAUCCAUUGCAUCCAAACUUGCUGAAUAUUUGGUAGGUCCAACAUUGCGUGAAGGACAAUACUUGUUUUGCAUUGGAAAUUUCUCAAGAAAUCUUCAGAAUGAAAAGGCGGAGCUUAAUUCAACAAAAGGGAAGGUGGAGGAACAAAUUGAGGAGGCUCGGAAGAACGUAGAAGAAGCUGAGAAGGCUGUUAAAACAUGGAUGAAUGAUGUGAAUAAAAUCAUAGAAGAAGUGGAGAAUUUGCAACGAGAGCUAAAUGCAAACAAUGGCUGCUUUCGAGGGUGGUGUCCUACUUGGAAGCGAUACUGUUUGUGCAAACAAUUGCCAGAGAAAAUAGAGAGAAUGAAAUUGCUGAAUAAAGAAAGUACAUUCAAUCCCUUUUCACACCCUCUCCCACCUUCAAAUUUUGAAGUUUCUUCUUCUGGAAAUUUUAUGCUCUUCAAGUCUACAAAGGAGGCUGAGUAUAAACUUUUGGAAGCUCUCAAGGAUGACAAUAACUAUGUCAUUGGGCUGUAUGGGAUGGGAGGAUCAGGAAAAACAUCCUUAUCAAAAGAAGUGGGCAAGAAAGUAAAGAAAGAAGGGAUUUUUGAUCAUUUCAUAUUUACCACAAUUUCCCAAAAUCCACAAAUCAACAAUAUUCAAAAUGAAAUCAAAGAUAGCUUGGGAUUUGAAGUUAAGGAAACAAGUAUUGCUGGAAGGGCAAAGCGAUUAUCAAUGAAAAUUAAAAGUGGAGAACGAAUUUUGAUAAUUUUGGAUGAUGUUUGGGAUAAGCUUGAUUUUGAAGAAAUUGGGAUUCCUACUAAGGGUGACCACAGAAAAGGAUGCAAAGUCCUUAUGACCACACGUCGUCUAAACGUAUGUGUUUCGAUGGAUUGUACAGUGAAAAUUCCCCUAAAUCUCUUAUCAGGAGAGGAAUCUCAGCAUUUGUUCAAAAUGCAUUCUGGCAUAAAUGGUGCAUUGAAUGAAGUGGCAUUGGAAAUAGUUAAGGAAUGCAAAGGGCUUCCAAUUGCAAUUGUAUCUGUGGGAGCUGCUUUGAAGGAGAAGUCUGACAGUUGGUGGAUAUCAGCAUUGAAUAAUCUAAAGCAUUCAAAACCAGCCGAUGUGGAUGAAGGUGAUAGAAAUGCUUUCACUUGUCUUAAAUUAAGCUAUGAUUAUUUGAGAAGUGAUGCAGCCAAGUCAAUCUUGCGAAUGUGUAGUAUGUUUCCAGAAGAUCAUGAGAUUGAAGUUGAAGAUCUGUUUAGAUAUGGAAUAGGAUUGGGAAUACGUGAGGAAGUUGACUCUUUUGAAAUAAUAAGGUGCAAAGUGAAUGUGGCAAUUGAAGAUCUCAUAAAAUCUUCGUUGCUAGGUUAUUCUGAAGAAGAAAAGAAACUUGUAAAAAUGCAUGACUUGGUUCGUAAUGUAGUCUUGUGGAUAACAUGCAAAGAGAAAAAAACCAUUGAGCUAAAUCUUAAAGAGCUUUUAAAGACACAAAUGCUACACGAAUUUUUAGAGGAUGAAGCUGUUAAAGAGUCAUAUGUUUUAUCUUUAUGGGGAUUGGAGAAAGAUUCGGUUCUUCAUGAAUUGAAUGUUCCAAAACUUGAGGUUCUUUUGUUGAACUUCGAUAAGUAUGGGAUGUCCUAUACACUGAAUCUUUCAAAUUUAUCAUUUGAAGGUGUGAAAAAACUCAAGGUCAUGGCAAUAAAUGGGUUUUAUUAUCGGAGGUCAAUAUUGUCAUUGCCACAUUCAACUCAAUGGUUGACUAAUCUUCAAACUCUGCGAUUGAGGGGGUUGGAAUUGGAAGACAUCUCUUUUGUUGUAAGCCUGAGGAGCCUUGAGAUUUUGGACUUACAAUUUAGUCAAUUGAAGGAACUGCCUAAUGAUAUUGGCAAAUUGAAAAAAUUAAAAUUAUUAGAUCUAACACAAUGUGAAAUUCUUGAUCAAUGUUAUGAUGAAGUGAUUCAAAAAUGUUUACAUCUAGAAGAAUUAUAUAUCUAUGGUCGUCGGCUAAGCUUAAAGUCAUAUGAAACCUUGGAGAAGAAUGAUAAGUUAUUCAAAUUGCAAAGCUAUGUUAUAAGUGUUGGGGGAUUCAAUCAUUUUCAAUAUGGUAGAGACAAUUUUCCUAACAGAGUUUUCUACAUGGAAAAGUUCAAUACUUCAAAUCCAGGAAAAGUUACCAAGGCUCUUUUACAAAGAAUAAAUACAGUUCAUUUAUUUGAACUUCAAGGAGAUUGUAAAAGCUUCUUCCCUGAAGUGGUUCAAGCUGUAGGAGGCAUGAAUGAGUUGACUGAGCUCCGUCUUGACAAUUGUGACAAGAUAGAAUGCGUCAUCAAUAAAAUUUCUCCACAUGAAUUAAAAUUAGAAAAACUAGAAUUAUCUUCUUGUAUUGACUUGAAGAGCAUAUUUUCAACGAAAAGCAAUUUAUGCCAUCUCAAAUGCUUAAACAUAGAAUCAUGUCCUAAGUUGGCAUCACUUUUCCCAAUGUCCACUGCCGAAAAUCUUUUGAAGCUUGAAGAAAUGAAGUUGUCAGGGUGUGACAUAUUGGAACAUAUGAUAAGAGAAGAAGAAAGUGGAAUUAAUACGGUUCAAGAAAUACUUCCAAUCCCUGACAAUUCCUGCCUUGGUGAACUUGAAGAACUUCAGCCUCACAAUUCUCAUGUUUUCCUCUUUCCUCUUUUAAGAACACUCAAGCUAGAGAAUCUCCCAUGUUUUCUGAAAAUAUGCGAGAAAAACUAUUACCCACAUUCGCCAUCUACAGAGAAACAACAACUUAGGAUAGCCAUUUUGUUAGUUACAGAAAAUGGUGUGAAACCAAGGACAAGUGGGGUGAAUGAGAAGCUAAUGAAUGGUGAUGUCUCGACUCUACAAAUAUCUGUAUUGGGCUUCCAACAUCUUCGAAGUUUAAAAGUGGUUAAGUGUGAAAAAGUGAAACAUCUAUUCUCAAUGGAUGUCCUUCAUAUAAGACUACCUCACUUGACUGUCCUAUACAUACGUGAAUGUGAUGAAUUAGAGGAAAUUAUUUUGGAUAAUGGGGAAACUCAAAAUACAUACAAUGUUGAAGGAUGCUUUCCAAAUCUUCGAGAGUUAAAGGUCAUCAAAUGCAAUAAGCUCAAGAGACUUUUCUCUUUAACCAUUGUUGGAAUGCUUCCACAACUACAACAUUUGGAAAUAGAAGAUGCUACUCAAUUAGAGGAGGCCUUUAGUCAUAAAGCUAAAAACAACAAAGAAAAAUUUGUACUCCCAAACCUGUGGCGAAUAACACUUGAAAACCUGCCUGUUCUCGUUGAUGUUUGUCAAGGGAUGAAGUUACAUGCGGUGAAGCUUCAUCACAUUGAAAUCGAAGCAUGCCCCAAAUUGCCUCCAAUUUCAGAAUAUUUACAAAUGGGCAUAGAGGGAUAUGAUGAGGCCAUGUCUACUCAAGUCUCCGAUUUUCAAAACAAAUCAUUUAUCUCAAGUGUAGAAGUGUUGUAUUUAAGAAAUAUAAGCAAUCUAAUAUUUCUAUGGAAGGGGCCGUCUUUAAUCAAUUUCCACAAGCUUCAACACCUAACAGUAGAUAAAUGCAGUAAAUUGAAGAGUGUCUUUUCCGUCCAUGUCAUUAGAAGCUUUCCACAAUUGAAAACACUACGUGUUUACGAUUGUGAGGAGUUGGAGAAAGUAAUUCCAAAUGAAGAGGAGAAAGAAAGGCAACAGAUAUGCUUCCCAAAAUUGUGGUCUAUUUCAAUUUAUGGAUGCAACAAGUUGAAAUGUGUCUUCCCUGUGUCCAUGAUGAGAGAUAUGCCAAAAUUAAGGCUCAUGUACUUAGGGAACUGCUCUGAUGUAGAGCACGUUUUUGGAAGUGUAGACAAAGCCACUGAUUCACAAGUCACAGAACUGAUGCUUCCAAAUCUACAAGUACUUCACCUCCAAGAAUUGCCCAACCUCGUUGACCUUUGUGGAAGCUUACACUCUCAAUAUCACUUCAAGGAUUCGUGUUCUAUAGAGGUGUAUGGUUGUCCAAAGUUGAAGGUUGCCUUUAACUUAUUCAAGAUUACAGAAUUCAUAAUAUCCAUUGCAUCCAAACUUGCUGAAUAUUUGGUAGAUCCAACAUUGCGUGAAGGACAAUACUUGUUUUGCGUUGGAAAUUUCUCAAGAAAUCUUCAGAUUGAAAAGAAGGAGCUUAAAUCAACAAAAGGGAAGGAGGAGAAACGAAUUGAGGAAGCUUGGAGGAAAGUAGAAGAAGCUGAGGAGGCUGUUGAAACAUGGAUUAAUGAUGUGAAUAAAAUCAUAUUAGAGGUGGAGAAUUUGCAACAAGAGCUAAAUUCCAACAAUGGCUGCUUUCGAGGGUGGUGUCCUACUUGGAAGCGAUAUUGUUUGUGCAAACAAUUGCCGGAGAAAAUAGAGAGAAUGAAAUUCCUGAAUAAAGAAAGUACAUUCAAUCCCUUUUCACACCCUUUCCCACCUUCAAAUUUUGAAGUUUCUUCUUCUGGAAAUUUUAUGCUCUUCAAGUCUACAAAGGAGGCUGAGCAUAAACUUUUGGAAGCUCUCAAAGAUGACAAUAACUAUGUUGUUCCUGUUUAA